AUGUCAGUUGAUAAAUCAUGGAUGAAGUUAAAACGGUCAGAUAUAAGGUAUUUUGAUGGAGUCGCAAAUUUCAUCGAUUACGCUACUACGCAUGUCAAAGAUAGAGAUGGGAAACUGUUUUGUCCAUGCCGAGAUUGUAUAAAUAUAGAUAGAGAAUUGCCAGCAACAAUACAGUAUCAUCUUUUGUACAGGGGUUUUAUGCAAGACUAUACAGUAUGGCGUAAACAUGGGGAGAAGGUGGUUAAUGAUAGUGGUAGCAGUGGUAAUAGUCACAAUCAUAGUGAUGGUAAUGUGGCUGCCCAUUUUGAUCAAUGUGAUGAUAUGCAAGAACUAAUAGAAGAAUGUAUCCAACAAGAUCCCAAUGGAGAUGCGCAGAAGUUUUACAAAUUGUUGGAGGAAUCAGAAGUGCCAUUGUAUCCUGAGUGCAAGAAAUAUUCCAACUUGUCAUUUAUUGUCAACUUGAUGCACAUCAAGAGUACUGGUAAUAUGAGCAACAAGGCAUUUGACCAGUUAUUGGAAUUGUUGAAAAAUGCAUUCCCCAUGUGUGAAAAAUUGCCGACAUCAAACUAUGGAGCAAAGAAGAUUGUAAAAGAGCUUGGACUUCAUUAUGAGAGGAUUGACGCCUGCAAAAAUGAUUGUGUAAUAUAUUACAAGGAGCUCGCAGAUGCAUCUGAAUGUCCUACAUGCAAGCUUUCAAGGUGGAAGACACAACGCACUACCAUAAAAAAAAAGGGAAAAAAGGUUAAAAAGAUUCCGUGGAAAGUUUUGCGAUAUUUUCCACUCACACCUAGACUUCAACGACUAUUUAUGUCAUCUAAGACAGCUCCAGAUAUGAGGUGGCAUUUUGAAGACCGUGUGAAAGAUGGUGUUUUAAGGCAUCCAGCAGAUGCGGAGGCUUGGAAAACUUUCGAUCAAAUUCAUCCAUCAUUCGGCAAUGAGCAUCGAAAUUCAUAG